UUUAAACCAAUUUCUCGUUCAAGAAUGAACACAACAUAAAAAUUAACCUUGACAGUAAAAUACCUGUUUUUCUGUGUGUUAUCUUAGUGUAAAGACCAAUACAGCGAGGAGUAUCAUUUAUUCAGUGUUAAUUCAAGUGACUCUAAUCUCGUGAUGUCCAUUUAUCAGCUUUUGGUUGUUUCGUUGGCCUUUUUAGGAUCGAUUUUAGCUUUAAACUCGCCCUGUCCUGAUCUCUUCCAUUACGAUUCUACAGAUGAGCCGAAUCAAUGGAGUGGAACCGUGACGUUGCUGUCAGAUGAUGAUCUUCAAGGCGUCUGGACUCGCCUUAUCUUUGAUGAAAAGUUAACAGAACUCGAACUUCAUGACAAUUUUGAAGUUGUGAGGGCUGAUAACCAUCGCGAAUAUUUAAUUAAAAACAGAGAUUUUGUGUUAAAAGCUGCAACACCAGUAGACGUCAAAAUAACCGUUAAAUACGAGGGUGAUAAAAUUCCUACCUUAAUUGGCUAUCGAUUGAACGCCAAAAUGGUCUGCCCUUCUUCGAAUGUCAAUUCUGAAGAAUUCUUCUCUGGAGACUUAAACAAUAAAGAUUUUUUGUCUUCUAUCACCUCAAGUUCUGAAGUUUCCGCUUACGCCUGCGGAACUACUCCCCCGUCGGCGAAUCAUGAACGUGCAAAUAAAAAGGCACAAAAUGGACAAUGGCCGUGGCAAGGAGCUAUUUACAUUCGCAAUAAUAGCGUUGAAAAAUACGUCUGUGAAGCCAUUUUGAUAUCAAACAGACACGUUUUAACUCCUGGCCAUUGUGUUACUUAUCUCAAAUCAGAAUUUGUAGUGCCUGCUCGUCUGCUGAGGGUUUAUCUUGGGAAAUAUAGCCUUGAUAACGAUGGAGAGAAUAAGGAAAUCCAGGGAUUUGAAGUGGAAAGAAUACACUUGUAUCCGGGGUACCGUUCGAAAGGGUUAUUAAACGAUUUGGCCGUUAUUCGCUUGGAUAAACCUGUGAUUAUCAGUGAUUAUGUUAGACCAGUUUGCUUGAGCCCCAAGGGUGAAAAACGGGACGGAAUUCUAAUCGGAUACGAAAUUAAAGGAGAGCGAUUUUUAAAAUUUGACCAAGCCAAUGUUGAAGUGCUCAACGAGGAGGAAUGUAUCAAGAAAAAUUCAUUUCUGAAAGGGUUUUACACCGAUAAUACUCUUUGUACCAGUUAUGCUGAAAAUGAUUCUGUCUGUGUUGGAGAUUCUGGAAGUAGUUUGGUGUACCUCAGUGGUGGUCCAAAACCAGUCUGGGAGUUGAAAGGCGUCGUCAACGUCGGCGUCGGUCUUCAAAAUAAAUAUGUAUGCAAUCGGGCGAGUACUAUCCUCCUUGUAGACGUUGCCAACUACUUGAAAUGGAUCCAAGAGGUCGUCUCUUAGAAAUAUUCACUUACUUUUAUGAUCUUGUUUCAUUUUAUUAUCUUGUGUAUGUAAUAAAAGAUAUUAAAACGCG